CAGGAUGCAGGCCCCGCACAAGGAGCACCUGUACAAACUGCUGGUGAUCGGCGACCUCGGCGUGGGCAAGACCAGCAUCAUCAAGCGCUAUGUGCACCAGAACUUUUCCUCGCAUUACCGAGCCACCAUAGGCGUGGACUUCGCGCUUAAAGUGCUUCACUGGGACCCGGAGACAGUAGUGCGCCUGCAGCUCUGGGACAUCGCAGGUCAAGAGAGAUUUGGAAACAUGACACGAGUCUACUACCGAGAAGCUAUGGGUGCGUUUAUUGUCUUUGAUGUCACCAGACCAGCCACAUUUGAAGCAGUUGCAAAGUGGAAAAAUGAUUUGGACUCAAAGUUAACUCUCCCUAAUGGCAAACCAGUUUCUGUGGUUUUAUUGGCCAACAAAUGUGACCAGGGGAAGGAUGUGCUCAUGAACAAUGGCCUCAAGAUGGACCAGUUCUGCAAGGAGCAUGGUUUCGUAGGAUGGUUUGAAACAUCAGCAAAGGAAAAUAUAAACAUCGACGAAGCCUCCAGGUGCCUGGUGAAGCACAUACUUGCCAAUGAGUGUGAUCUAAUGGAGUCCAUAGAGCCGGACCUGGUGAAGCCCCAUCUCACCUCACCCAAGGCUGUCAGCUGCUCCAGCUGUGCCAAGUCCUAGUAGGCUCCUCUGCUGGCCUGUGAUGAAGAUAACCCUAUGAUCCCAUGAAUUGUGCCUCAAUUUUUACCAUUU